AUGGUGUCGUGGCAGAGCAUUCAGUCGUUCCUGAUCUUCUUCGGACCCAUACUGCUGCCGCGAGUAUUGGCCACAUACCGCUCGCUUCGUUCGAGGCCGGCCUCUCAAAUCCGACCCUUACCUCAGCGGACUUCCUUUGCACUGACCGUUCUGUUCCUCUCCGGCCUCAUUGCAUUCCUGUCGACCUUUCCUCUCUUCAGCCCUGCAAACGUCUUCCGGCAAACGCAGUCACGGCUUCAGACUUCCGCCGGCGUACUGUCGACACGGCUGGCUGCCCUACGGCCGCUGACUGCCCAGGAUGAGAAGCUAAGACAAGUGCUUGAUGACGGUGGCCUUGAUGCAAGGCUCAUCUACGCUCGCUAUGGACCGCACAUACUCACAACAUGUCCGUUUGCGAAGCCGGGAGACGUCGAUGCCGGGCUUGCCUACUUGUUCUACGCACUCCCUUCCAUGCUGACUCCGCACUUGCUGCACCUCAUUGCCCUCGGGACUGCGACUUCUGGCAUGCUCUGCGGACAGGAAGGCGCCAAAUGGCGAAACAUGGCUACAAUAUCUGGUAUCGUCCUCGGCGCUGCGGAAGUGCUCUUCAUCGCCUACUACGACGACAAGCCUAACAUGCGAAGCACGCGACUCAGCGAAAUAGACUUUGUCCACUGGAAAAUGCAGGUUUGGCGCGGUCUUGCCAUAGCCGCCGUAGACGGCAUUCUAGGCUGGGUCAUCUGGCUUCAAGCUACCGGAAGGGCAUUCGUGGCGCCGCCGUCAGCCUCUGAGCGGAUCGUCAAUCAUGCCCGCGCACUAGAAGGCCUAUUAGUGAAGGCGAAGAGCGUUGGCAUUGUCCGUAAUGGUACGGCCAGGGACGCUGCCAUGCGGAGUAAGGUCGACGAGUACUGGAUGAAGGAGGGCGAGGUGAUGAGAGAUGUGUUUGAGCAGCCGGAAGUGCUUGAGGCGCAGCGGAGCACUUUGGCAAGGCUUGACGUGGCCCGCAUCAGCCGUGAUGCGGAAGGUUAUGUGGAUACUGUGCUGCGAGGAGUGCAGUCUCCUCCGAAUCCCGUUGCUGCUCGUUGA